AUGCAGGUGCAAGUACGCCAACGCAACCUACUGUACGCCGGCGUCGAGACAGAGGGCGGACUGUCCCACAACCUGCGAGCACCGUACAAACUGUCUGAGCCACCUGUCAGGGAGUACCUAUUGCUCCGUACAAACUGUCUGUAUUCUCCUCUCUACCACAGUGCCACGCCCUAUCUGUCAGGGCGGUCUGCCCCACAACCUGCGAACACCGAGACCUGCCACGCCCUAUCUGUCAGGGCGAGCUGCCCCACAACCUGCGAACACCGAGACCGUGAGUACCUAUUGCUCCGUACAAACUGUCUGUACUCUCCUCUCUACCACAGUGCCACGCCCUAUCUGUCAGGGCGGUCUGCCCCACAACCUGCGAACACCGAGACCGUGAGUACCGCUCCGUACAAACUGUCUGUGUCUGUACUGCCUCUCUACCACAGUGCCACGCCCUAUCUGUCAGGGCGGACUGUCCCACAACCUCUGCGAGCACCGACCUGCGACCAGCUGGAAUGCCCAGAUGCACCCAGUUUUCCCCAUGCGCACACGGUCCCCAUCAAGAGCAAAUACUUCUUCCUCGACACCGUGAACUACGAAUGCGACGAAGGUUACUACAACGUCGGAUCGAAACCUGCGUUGGUGUGCAACGAGACUGCGCAGUGGAAGUACGCUCGAAAAGUCACAUUCCCCGACUGUAUAGUGAUAGAAUGCAGUAGACCUCCAACUAUUGCGCAUGCGUCAUGGGAAGGAUCUUCCUUUGAGUUCAACAACUCAGUGGUGUACACCUGUGAUCUCGGAUACGAGGCUGCAACCGGAAGUGACGUCAGAACAUGUGACUCCAGCAGAACGUGGUUAGGGGAAGAUCUCGUGUGUGAAAGGGUGACCUGCGGCGAUCCACCCCCCAUGAACCACACCAUCGUUACCUUCAACCUCGUGCAGGCGACGUACACGUGUGAUAAGGGAUACAACGCCACGUCGCCAUCAGCCGUCAAACUGUGCUCCGUCUACGGCAACUGGACGGGGCCGGAUCUCGAGUGCACACGUGAGAUAUCAUAG